UCAGAGAUGUGCGAUAGACCCAGCAGCCACGGAGUAGGAGGAAAUGUUAACUGGAGCCUGUGAUUAAUUCAUUUUUGGGUUUUGGAUUUUUUGUUUGUUUUCUUUCUUUCGUUUAAAGAAACGCACGUAAAGUAUUCAUGUUGCCCGGAUAGAAAACGAUUUUUGGGUCCACCAGCCCGCAAAGAAAGGCUCACCAAGACAUCAUUAAACGCAGAUUGCACCAAAUCGAUUCAAGUUUUAUCUGUGUGGAGUAAAAUUACUCCCGCCCCCACCAGACUGGACUAAUGAUGGCUUUAAUGGUUCACCUGAAGACGGUCGCUCACCUGCGAGGGAAAGGUGACAAGAUCGCCAAAGUUACAUUCAGGGGUCUGUCCUUCUACAGUCGUGUAGCAGAGAACUGUGAGGAGGUGGCACACUUUAAUGAGACAUUUCGAUGGCCCAUUGCCAGCAAGCUGGAUGGAAAUGAAAUGCUAGAGAUCCAAGUGUACAAUUACAGCAAGGUCUUCUCCAACAGACUCAUUGGGACUUUCUGUAUGGUGCUUCAGAAAGUGGCUGAAGAGGGACAUCUAGAGCUGACUGACACACUCACUGAUGAUAACAACACGUCAAUAAAGACCAAUGUUACCAUAGAGAUCAGGUACCAGCCGAUGGAUGGCAUGGUUGGAGUGUGGAGUGACGGGGACUUCUUGGAAGUUCCUGACGACCGUGAUGGGACGUUUUCCUUUGAAACAGAUAGCUUGCUGUCAGGACAAAGCCAUGGGUCAGGGACGUCCCCUGGACGAUCUUUACAUGGAUCCAUACCAACCUUCAGAAAAGCAGGGAAGGGAGUUUUCUCAGCCAUGAAGCUCGGAAAGAUCAAGAGCUCUAGAGACGACCACAAGAAAGAUGAGCCAGCCGUCCUGGACAUGGAGGACUUGGACAAGAAAGCAAUGCGUCUUGCUGGUAUGCUGGAACCAGACACCAUCUCUUUGGCCUCUGUCACGGCUGUCACCACAGACGUCUCCAAUAAAAGGUCAAAGCCAGACAUCAAAAUGGAACCAAGCUCCGGACGACCAGUGGAUUAUCAGAUCAGCAUCACGGUGAUCGAGGCCAGACAGCUAAUAGGCCUUAACAUGGACCCUGUGGUGUGUGUGGAGAUUGGAGAUGACAAGAAGUACACAUCUAUGAAGGAGUCCACCAACUGUCCAUACUACAACGAGUAUUUUGUCUUUGAUUUCCACGUCCCUCCUCACGUCAUGUUUGACAAGAUCAUCAAGCUUUCAGUUAUUCAUUCCAAGAACCUUUUACGGAGUGGGACCUUGGUAGGAACCUUCAAAAUGGAUGUUGGGACUGUCUACUUUCAGCCUGAACACCAGUUCUACCAUAAAUGGGCCAUCCUGUCUGAUCCUGAUGACAUCACAGCAGGAUCUAAAGGAUAUAUAAAGUGUGACAUCGCUGUGGUCGGAAAGGGUGACAACAUCAAGACUCCACACAAAGCCAAUGAGCCUGACGAAGAUGACAUAGAGGGAAAUCUCCUGCUGCCAGAGGGCAUCCCAGCAGAGAGGCAAUGGGCGAGGUUUUAUGUAAAGAUCUUCCGUGCAGAGGGACUUCCUAAAAUGAACACAAGCAUCAUGGCUAAUGUGAAAAAGGCCUUCAUAGGAGAGAACCGAGAUUUGGUGGACCCCUAUGUUCAAGUGCACUUUGCUGGGCAGAAGGGCAUCCCAGCAGAGAGGCAAUGGGCGAGGUUUUAUGUAAAGAUCUUCCGUGCAGAGGGACUUCCUAAAAUGAACACAAGCAUCAUGGCUAAUGUGAAAAAGGCCUUCAUAGGAGAGAACCGAGAUUUGGUGGACCCCUAUGUUCAAGUGCACUUUGCUGGGCAGAAGCUGAACGACGGACUCGGAGAAGGGGUGUCCUUCAGAGCCCGUCUCCUGCUUUCUGUAGCUGUGGAGAUCCUGGACACCACUUCACCUGAGAUCAUCAGCUCCACUGAGGUUCACGUGGAGUCUGUUUCCAACAUCUCAGAGAGUGCUACAGGAAAAAUAGAAGAGUUCUUCGUCUUUGGUUCCUUCCUGGAGGCCACCAUGAUCGACAGGAAGACUGGCGACAAACCGAUCAGUUUUGAAAUCACAAUAGGUAACUAUGGUAACCAGAUAGAUGGCGUGAGCAAACCGUCAUCAAAGAAGAAAAAGAAAGACGGAGAAAAUGAAGAAGAGGAAAGUGAGCUGAUCCAGAACUCCAGUGAGGAUGAGGCGGAUGAGGAUGGAGACCUCGUAUCAGUGUCCUCAACUCCUCCCAUGAAGCCUGUCAUCACUGACAGGAACUACUUCCAUCUUCCCUACUUUGAAAAGAAGCCAUGUAUCUACAUCAAGAGCUGGUGGCAGGACCAGAGAAGACGACUUUACAAUUCCAAUAUGAUGGAUAAAAUUGCAGACAAACUGGAAGAGGGUUUGAAUGAUGUUCAGGAGAUUAUUAAGACUGAGAAGGCAUUUCCAGAGCGUAGACUCAGGGGAGUGCUGGAGGAGCUCAGCGUCGGCUGCAGUCGGUUUGUGUGUCUGGCUAACAAGGAUGUGAACCAAGCAGGCAGAACCAAACUCGAUCGAGAGAGACUCAAGUCCUGCAUGAGAGAGAUGGACAGCAUGGGCCAACAGGCUAAGCAGAUUCGGACUCAGGUGAAGAAAAACACAGUCAGAGACAAACUCAAGCUGGUGCAGAACUUCCUGCAGAAGCUUCGCUUCCUUGCUGAUGAGCCUCAGCACAGCAUCCCAGAUGUUUUCAUUUGGAUGAUGAACAACAACAAGCGCAUUGCUUAUGCACGAAUACCUUCCAAAGACAUCCUGUACUCCAUAGUGGAUGAGGAAACUGGCAAAGACUGUGGAAAAGUCAAAGCUGUAUUCCUUAAGCUUCCUGGUAAGAAGGGUUUUGGUCCUGCAGGCUGGACAGUUCAGGCUAAGCUGGAGUUAUAUCUAUGGCUGGGCCUCAACAAGCAGAGGAAAGAUUUUCUCUGUGGAUUGCCAAAUGGUUUUGAAGAGAUUAAAGCCACUAAAACUGGCCCUGGUCUUCACUCGAUGCCCCCCGUCGGCCUCGUCUAUGACAUGAAGCAGGUGUUCCAGCUGAGAGCACACAUGUACCAGGCUCGCAGUCUGUUUGCUGCUGAUAGCAGUGGCCUUUCAGACCCCUUUGCGCGGGUCUUCUUUUCCACACACAGCCAGGUUACUGAGGUUCUGAGUGAGACUCUUUGCCCUACUUGGGAUCAGCUGCUGGUGUUUGAUGAUGUGGAGCUGUUUGGUGAGGCCAGUGAGCUGAGAGACGAUCCUCCAAUCAUUGUGGUUGAAAUCUACGAUCAGGACACUGUGGGUAAGGCAGAAUUCAUAGGUCGGACCUUUGCAAAGCCCACCAUCAAGAUGUGUGAUGAGCAUUAUGCACCCCCGAGGUUCCCGCCACAGCUGGAGUACUUCCAGAUUUACAGGGGGAACUGCACUGCCGGGGAGCUUCUGGCCGCUUUUGAGCUGCUGCAGAUACCCUUUGAUGCAGAGGAGAUCAGGCGAGCUCUGAUUGCUGUCCAUAAUUUUGCUGUUCCUCAGAUAAAGAUUGGUCAAGGAGGCAGGGCUGACCUCCCCCCCCUUGAGGGGCCGACAGAUUCAGAGCAUGGACCCAUCCUCCCUGUGCCGCUGGGCAUCCGGCCAGUACUGAGUCGCUACCGCAUAGAGGUUUUGUUCUGGGGAUUAAGGGACCUGAAGAGAAUCAACUUGGCUCAGGUGGAUAGGCCCCGUGUGGACAUAGAGUGUGCAGGCAGAGGCGUUCAAUCUGCGCUCAUCCAGAACUACAAGAAGAAUCCCAAUUUCAGCACCCUGGUCAAAUGGUUUGAAGUGGACCUUCCAGAAAAUGAGCUUCUCCAUCCCCCUCUCAAUAUUCGGGUGGUGGACUGCCGAGCAUUUGGCCGCUACAUCCUGGUUGGGUCACAUGCUGUGAGCAGCCUGAGACGUUUCAUUUACAGCGCUCCAGACAAGACUUCCAACAACUGGGCGACCGCAGCUAAGCUAAUGAAUGGCUACAUGGUCCUGACCAAUGGCGGACCCCAGCCCCGCUCCUCACCCAGCCUUUCCCCCCGCUCCUUCUCUCGCCCCGCAGGUGACAUCGUUGUCAACAUGGAUGGAGAUCCUCCAGUCCGAAAGAUGGACACCGUCGUCAAGUUAGACGCAACGUCUGAUGCUGUUGUAAAAGUUGACAUGGAAGAAAGUGACAAAGACAAAAAGAAGAAAAAGAAGAAAAAGAAGGGAGGAAUGGAGGAAGAGGAUGAGCCAGAUGAGAGUGUUCUGGACUGGUGGUCUAAAUAUUUUGCUUCCAUAGAGACACUAAAGGAGAUCCUCAGAGCCCAGGAGGCAGCUCAGGCAGAGGCCGAGGAGAGAGAGGACAUCGAGAUAGCAGCUGAAACGGCAGAUGUCAAACCCGAUGAACUUCUUCUGAAAGGCUCCAAGACGAAGGAAAGGGGUAAAGAGAAGAAGAACUCUAAGGACAAGAGGAAGGGUCAGGCUGCAGAUGGCUCCGAGAGGCGACCAGUGAAAGCAAAAGUGGACGAGCUAGUGGUGUACAACAAGGAGCUUGAGAGUGAAUAUGGCAACUUUGAAGACUGGCUUCACACGUUCAACCUGUACAGAGGAAAGGCUGGGGAUGACGACGAACACGCUCUGGAUGAUGACAGGAUUGUUGGUAGAUUCAAGGGAUCCUUGUGUAUAUAUAAGUUACCUGUAUCUGAAGAGAUCACAAGAGAAGCAGGAUUUGAUCCCAACAUGGGGAUGUUCCAGAGCAUCCCGCACAACGAUCCUGUCAACGUCCUCGUUCGUGUCUAUGUGGUCAGGGCUACAGACCUCCAUCCUGCUGAUAUAAAUGGGAAAGCUGACCCAUACGUUGUCAUUAAGCUGGGCAAAUCAGAGGUCAAGGACAAAGAGAACUAUAUCUCCAAACAGCUCAAUCCAGUAUUUGGAAAAUCAUUUGACAUCGAGGCCACCUUUCCCAUGGAGUCUAUGCUGACGGUGUCUGUGUAUGACUGGGAUCUGGUCGGCACAGAUGACCUGAUUGGUGAGACAAAGAUUGACUUGGAGAACCGUUUCUACAGUAAAUUCAGAGUCACCUGUGGCAUUUCCUCCAGCUACUCUGUCCAUGGAUAUAAUUCUUGGCGGGACCCUAUGAAGCCCAGCCAGAUCCUGGCUAAACUCUGUAAGGAUGGCAAGAUCGAUGGACCUCAUUAUGGGCCAGGAGGCAAAGUCAAGGUGGCUAAUCGAAUCUUUACAGCACCGACAGAGAUUGAGGAUGAAAACGGUCUAAAGAAGCAGACUGAGGAGCAUUUGGCCCUCACGGUGCUGAAUCACUGGGAGGAAAUCCCAAGAGUUGGCUGCAAGCUCGUCCCUGAGCAUGUGGAGACCCGACCCUUGCUGAACCCAGACAAACCCGGUAUUGAACAGGGCCGCAUUGAGAUGUGGGUGGACAUGUUCCCUAUGGAUAUGCCUGCUCCUGGACCUGCAAUUGACAUUUCUCCAAGAAAACCAAAGAGAUAUGAGCUCAGGGUGAUUAUUUGGAAUACAGACGAAGUAAUACUGGAGGACGAUGAUUACUUCACUGGGGAAAAGUCCAGUGACAUAUUUGUCAGGGGAUGGCUGAAAGGGCAGCAGGAGGACAAACAGGACACAGAUGUGCACUAUCACUCACUGACCGGUGAGGGGAACUUUAACUGGCGCUUCGUCUUCCCUUUUGAUUAUCUCAUGGCUGAGGAGAAGAUUGUCAUCUCUAAGAAGGAGUCCAUGUUUUCCUGGGAUGAGACCGAAUACAAAAUCCCUCCUCGUCUCACACUGCAGGUCUGGGAUGCAGACCACUUCUCUGCUGAUGAUUUCCUGGGUGCAAUCGAGCUGGACCUAAACCGUUUUCCUCGGGGCGCAAAGACAGCCAAGCAGUGCACUCUUGACAUGAUUCGAAAUGAGCAGGAUCUGCCAACCAUUUCGAUCUUUAAACAAAAGAGGGUUAAAGGAUGGUGGCCAUUCGUAGCCCGUAAUGAGAAUGAUGAAAUGGAGCUCACGGGGAAAGUUGAAGCUGAGCUUCACCUAGUGACAGCAGAGGAAGCAGAGAAAAGCCCUGUAGGACUGGGACGAAAUGAGCCAGAUCCACUGGAAAAACCAAAUCGCCCGGACACCAGUCUUAUGUGGUUUCUGACCCCUCUGAAGUCCAUUCGUUACUUCAUCUGGCACAACUACCGCUGGCUGAUCCUCAAGGUCUUGGGGCUGAUUCUGCUGCUGCUCAUGCUGGGCCUCUUCCUCUACUCAAUCCCUGGUUACCUGGUCAAGAAGAUGCUGGGGGCCUGAUGCGCUGUCGCCCAGACACCACCUUCCUCUGGUUCCUGAGCCCGCUGAAAGCAAUCCGCUACCUGGUGUG